AUGUCCGACGUGAUUCUGCCGUUAGAGCUGAUUGAUAAGAGUAUUGGAUCCAGAAUCUGGGUCCUGAUGACCACAGAACAGGAGUUUGUGGGGAAUCUGGUUGGGUUUGACGAUUUCGUCAACGUCGUUUUAGAAGACGUGGAGGAGUAUGAGGGUGAUAAGCUCAUUUCGAAGCGCCCAAAGAUGCUGCUCAACUCCAGACAGCUUGCCAUGAUUGUUCCUUCAGGCGAAAGAACAAGCUCGAGCACCAAAUAA